CACAGAUGGGAGAUGCACAAUAAUGUGUUACAGACGCGUGUGCUUGCGGAUACACAUUCAGGAGCGAACAUCGGACACGUUCUACGAGCUGCGUGUGAAGAGUGGGGUCUGAGUGACAAAGCACCAGCCCUCGUCACCGAUAAUGCAUCUAAUAUGAAGAGGGCUGGGCAAGAGGCCGGGAUGUCGCCCCACAUCAUGUGCUUCGCGCACACACUCAAUCUGUCCACUCAAGAUGGCCUCAAGAUCACAGCCACAGACAGGCUUUUGGGUCGAGUUAGGAGAAUUGUGAGUUUUUUCCAUCGCAGCUCAAUUGCCACCACAGUGUACAAGGAAAACAAAAACUACUUGACCUCCCGUCCCACAAACUUAAAGCGGACGUAAAGACAAGGUGGAACAGUUCAUUCGAGAUGUUAGAGCGGUUCCUGGAGCAACAGCCUGCGGUGACGGCAACCCUCCUGGACAAGAAGCUGAGGAAAGGUGCAAGCGACAUUCACGCUCUCACGGAAAGUGACCUAUCCACAGCAGAGCAAAUAGUUAGCUUGUUGGCCCCACUGAAAGCUGUCACCAUGCUCAUGUGCGAAGAAAAGCAACCCACAGUGUCAGUCAUCGCACCCCUCCGAACGAAGUUGCUGACUCAUUUUGAAUGUGCACCAGACGACACUCCCUUAAUCAAAGACAUGAAACGAGUCAUGGCUGAGGAUCUCAGAGAACGGUAUGUGGACGAGGAACCAUUCUUACUCCGAGCAGCUGCCUUGGACCCUAGGUUUAAAAAGCUCCCGUUCCUGAGUGAUGAAAGAAGAAACCAAACCUUUGAAUGUAUUGCUGAAGAAGCAGUACAGCUGAAGGAACAGAGGAAUGAAUCAGAGGCCCAGGACCAGAAAACACCUCCUCAUGCCCAGAUGUGUGAUGUGUGGGAAACAAAGACUAUGGAAGAAAAACCACCAGUUUCCAAGAAAACAAAAGUCUUGGAUGACUUGUUUGGCGACUCCUUCAGCACUGAGGACCAAAGUUUCAGGAAGAAAACAUCCAAAGAGCUAGCCAACGAUGAAAUUAGAAAGUACAGAGAUAUUGCAUCUCUGAGCCUGGGUGGUAAGGUGUUAGAAUGGUGGAAAGCUCACCAGGCCGAGUUUCCUCUCCUGGCCGACCUGGCCAAGACCUACUUGUGCAUACCUGGUACAAGUGUACCAUCCGAGCGUGUGUUUAGCACAGCAGGGGACAUUGUGCGUUCAGAACGUAGUGUUUUGUCCGCUGAGCAUGUGGACCAGCUAAUUUUUUUAAAGAAAAAUCUGUCAAGAAGCACAAUUGAAAGUAUUAAACUGUAA